AUGGAAGAGGACUAUCGAGUCCGGAUGGCUCGCUUAUACGGAAAUAAACGCGCCAACCGAAUCUUCCGCAGUCCCCCUAUCUACGACCUCAUAUUUUCCCGCCUCAGCCCCGCCGACUCGAUUCGCCUGUCAAAAACGUGCCUAUCCGCGUACAACGCUCACGAAAACUACUCUGAACGGUGCUAUAACAUCGACAAACUCCUCAACCGCUUUUUCAGCCGUUCGAAGGCUCAGGCGUUCCGGCUCCUCCAGGCGCGCACCGCGACUGUGAUUUCUGGAUCCACUGCGCUGCAGUUCAUCGAUCGUAUUGUGUACCCUGGUUCGGAUUUGGAUCUGUACACGCCUAGGCAGCAUGCGUUAGAGGUUGGACGAUGGAUUUUGAAUGAUGGGUACAAGUAUAAACUGGAGCCUCAGCAACCUGAUUUCGUGAAGAGCGCAAAGGAGGUGGCAAAGGAUGAAGGGCAGGACGACUACGUGAAAGGAAAGGAUUACCGGACCAAUGGCAUCUCGGGCGUAUUCGAGUUUAGGAAGGGGAACAAGGUCGUACAGUUGAUCGCGUCGAAGCAUAGCCCUUUCCAUUCGAUUCUUUCCUUCCAUUCGACCUGUGUCAUGAACUUUAUCACGUACGAAGGUGCAUAUUCGAUGUACCCCGGUGCCACGUUCGACGCGCGCGUCGCUGCGUCCAUGGGCGAGAUCACCGACAAGGAGCUCCGCGCACUCGCCAAGUACCAAAAACGAGGGUGGACGAUCACAACCAAUGUCCAAUGGCAAGCGGCCAAAACUAGGAAACUUUUCUUCAUCGACGAACCGCGAUGGGUUAUGGACAAGCAUUCUUUCCGCAUUCCGCUUAAGCCUAUAAACGCUCCCCCUCGCCAGUUCACCCCUGGGUCUGUCGAGAUGGACUUUGACCCCAUCCUUUGCAACAGCUGGCGGUUGACUAGCGAUUCCAAAGUCAAUAACACUACCGGCAACUUUUUCGUAUCCAGGUUGCUCAAGUAUCGGUAUAUGUUUGGAGACAAGGCGCUGUUUAUGGAUGUUAUCAAGUAUUUGAAGAAGCAAGGGGAGCUUGAGUUUAGGAGGAUGCAGCUGUUGGGUUAUCAUCCUGAUUAUGUCGAAGCGAGUAGUCAGUGGAACUGGUGGGACGGAUCGCUUCUUGGAGCUUAUGAAAGGCAUUUUGCACUCUCGAAGGAGGAGCGGGAGGAGAAGGUGAAACAGUUGGGGUGA